AUGUCAGCUGAGCUGAGACAAUGUUGUAAUAGAGGAAUCGGUCAUGCCACAGCUAUUCACCUCGAUUCUCUGGAUUAUCACGUGUUUUCUAGUUGUCUAUUUCCUACUGGACCAGGGGUUGAAGAAUUAAAGAAUAAAUGUUCCUGUCGUUUGCAAGUUUUAGGAAUGAAUAUCACAAAAGAUGAAAGUGUUCAAGAGGCGUUAGAAUUCAUCAAAGAGAACCUUGGAACAUCUCAGUUAUGGGCAGUUGUCAACAAUGCAGGCAUUCUUAAAGGAUUCUCCAUUGAAAUAACUCCUAUGCAAGAUUUUCAAGACAAUAUAGAAGUUAAUCUUUAUGGUCAUAUAAGAAUCACCAAAGCAUUUUUGCCUUUACUGCGACAAUCAAACGGAAGACUAGUUAACUUCACGAGUCUUAUUGGUAGAAUGGUAUUGUGCCAUUGUGCCGUUGAAUGGUAUUGUGCCAAAUUUGGUGCCGUAGGUUUCACACAGUGCUUGAGACAAGAAAUGAAUGUCUGGGGAGUUUCGGUUAUAUCUAUUGAACCAGAGAUUUAUAA